GAUUGGUUCCUUGCCGUAUACAGAACCUUUAGGACGGCAGGAUUCCCUGGAGGAGACCGGAGGGCUAGGGGUAAUCCAUGGGCUCUACACAUUGUAGGGCAGGAGCGAGUGAUGAACAAGGCUCUUCCUGUAUUCCUAAAGACUGAAAUUAAAGCAGAGAAGCCAGAAAAUUCAACAUCUUCACUAAUAUGUCUGGAUGUUAUAAGACAUAUCAACCUUGAAGGCUGCAGAUUGAAGAUGAUGGAAGGAACCAGUGUUGCAAUUGGCCUGACUGAGGACUUCAGUCAUUUGGAACUGCACUGAAGAAAUUCUUCCUGUAAUUCGUUCCUGGUUGAUUAUCACUAAGUUUGGGCAUAUCAACUUCAGCAUCCACCGACAAUGUUGGGUCUUUCCUAACAUGGCAUCUGUGAUUCAGUUAUUGAGAACCUAAUGAAGUUGAUGACUCUGUGACAAUGUGGAGAAAACAUGACCGAAACUGUGGCUUGUACUGGUGCUGUCAAUGCUGUAAAGGAGGUUUGGGAAAAAAGAAUACAGAAACACAAUGAAGACCUGAGACGAGAGAAGGAAUUUCAACAAAAGCUAGUGAGGAUCUGGGAAGAACGAGUGAGCUUAACCAAGCUAAAAGAAAAAGUCACCAGGCAAGAUGGAAGAGUCAUUCUGAAGAUAGAAAAGGAGGAAUGGAAGACUCUGCCUUCUUCUCUACUGAAACUCAAUCAGCUACAAGAAUGGCAACUUCACAGAACAGGUUUAUUGAAAAUUCCUGAAUUCAUUGGAAGAUUCCAGAACCUCAUUGUGCUAGAUUUAUCUCGAAACAUAAUUUCAGAGAUUCCUCGAGGAAUUGGACUGCUCACUAGGCUUCAGGAACUCAUUCUUAGCUACAAUAGGAUCAAGACUGUCCCCAAGGAGCUAAGUAACUGUGCCAGCUUGGAGAAACUAGAACUGGCUGUUAACAGAGAUAUAUGUGAUCUUCCACAAGAGCUCAGCAAUCUGUUAAAACUUACUCACCUUGAUUUGAGUAUGAACCACUUUACUACAAUCCCUCCUGCCGUGUUGAACAUGCCUGCUCUUGAGUGGCUGGACAUGGGAAGCAACAGACUUGAACAACUUCCUGAUACUAUAGAAAGAAUGCAAAAUCUACAUACAUUAUGGCUGCAACGGAAUGAAAUAACAUGCUUGCCAGAAACAAUCAGCAAUCUGAAAAAUCUUGGUACUCUGGUUCUCAGCAACAACAAACUGCAAGAUAUUCCAGUAUGUAUGGAAGCAAUGACAAGUCUGAGGUUUGUCAACUUCAGAGACAACCCACUGCAACUGGAAGUAACACUUCCCCCCAGUAAAAGCGAAGAUGAAGAGGAGGAACGGGAAUUAUUUGGCCUACAGUUUAUGCACUUGUACAUACAGGAAUCACGAAGAGCAGAUGCAAGCUUGAAGGCAAGAAAUAAACCUUGUUUCCUGUUAUCUCCAGCAAACAGCAGGAAAGAGUCAAACUCCUUCCACAGGAAUACCAACCAGCUUGUAAGGACUUAUCCAUGUCCUAUUACUAUCACUCUCUGCAGACGCCUUCCAGAUAUCUGAAUAAGGUGAAGUCUAAAGUCUUGUAACAGAGGUGGAACAAAAUCCUACAAUCAAGAAUCUCAUUCUUCAACCAAGGAAUGUUUGCUGUUUCCUCAAAACCAACGAAUACAAUCUGGGUAUAUUUCAGAG